CAAGCUGCAACACAACAGAAGCAAAAUUCAUAAGAGAUUAAUAAGUGUGGUGAGGAGUUACCAGCAUGAUGAAAGUGGCGUGCCUUCUUCUAGUCUCCGUUGUCUUGGGCUCCGUGGUUGCGACGGACGCAGCCGCCGUGGGUUGGAAGCCCAUCAAGAACAUCAAGGACCCUCACGUGGCGGAGAUCGCCAACUACGCCGUGACGGAGCACGAUAGGCGUUCGGGCCAGAAGCUGAAGCUGCAGAAGGUCGUAAAGGGCGACACUCAGGUGGUGGCGGGGAUCAACUACCGCCUGAUCCUGGCCGCCACCGACGCCUCCUCCACCAGGAAUUACGAAGCCAUCGUGUGGGAAAAGGCGUGGCUGCAUUUCAGGAACCUCACUUCCUUCACCUCUCUUUUUGAUUGAUGCUUGAGUCUCUGUAUUUUGUGUUUAUCAAAUCAUAAUGGACUAGACUACCAAUCUUAAUUUAUUACUCUACUCACUCUUUCUUGCGCGUUA